AUGCAAAUGAGAGUGACCAGCGAACAGACGUUGCGUGGCUUUCCAAGGUCCUCAUGUAAAUGUGUGUCAACUGACCAUUGUAUGUGUCGCGUUAGGAAUGCACAUGUAUGUUCGGUGUCUAUACCAAGAGAUGGGUUAUAGGCCUUACACAGGAAGCGUUUGGCGCGUUUGGUGAUGGCAUUGUUGCCUUACAAUUGUUUACAGUUUAGCUGUAUGAGGGGUAUUCUGUGAUCAACAAAGGGGAUCUUUAGAUAUAUACUCAAGUUCAGAGACUCAAGAAUUUCCAUAAUGAGCGAAGAGGAACAAAUGUACGAAUUUAACCCAGAAUAUGAAGAGGAAUCUUCGACAGAUUCGAAGCCAUCAUCAAUUCCACCAAUAAGUACAUUUACAAAGGGAUCUGGUAACGGUGCAGAAGCAUUCCCCACCGGACUCUACAACUCAAAAGACAACACUCAUUCGAUGGCCAAUCUUGAAAGCAAUAACAAUGACAGCAGCAACACUGAUAGUUCUUCAGAAUCAAUGUCUGUCGCCUCCCCAUCACAACAAAAACUUUCCCAGCAACCUCAAGAGACACAACAACAGCCAACACAACACCAGCAGUUGCUGCCACAACCGCAAGCUUACAAUCCCGCUGCUACUGAUUUUCCAUAUACCAACCAGGUAUUAGUCACAUCAAGCUCACCUCAAGAGACAAAUGGAGUUCUACCAUCUCAUGUUAUUCACAGCGGACCUCUCCCAACUGCAAUGGCACCGACAGGGAUGCCUUUGCCGGGCCAUCCUGUCAUUCCAUUCAUGGCAUCAAGCAGUUCUACGUCAGGACCAACUCCAAGUAUAAUAUCAUCGGGUGGCCCUGAACAAAUGGUACAGUAUUCUUCAUCAGCCAUGCAUCUACUGACCUCUACAGCGCAGCCCGUUUACAGCAUGCCUGCACCAGGCCCAACAAGCGCCAGUAUUAUUCAUGUCAACGAUACCGUACCAGUACAACCAACCGUCUUACCUCAUAACAUUGAUUUACAGCACCACUUACAACAUCAACUUCAGCAGCAGCAACAUCCACCAAAAAACGGAUCUGCAGAGGAGAAGGAAGACCAAAAUGAUGAUUCUCGAAAAAUAUCUCUUGCCACUCUGGUUUCACAUGCCCAAAUGCAGCCACCGGUCCAAGCUGGUUCAAAUCCAAGGCCAGGUCUUCCUCCCCAUCUGAUGCAACUCAACCCCCCAGCACAGACCAUGUCCUCACUCGGUGGUCCUGUUCAACAACAUUUUGUUCCUGGUCCUGGACCUAUUCCAAUUCAAGGUUCCAUAGCCACUGGAAAUUACGGAAAUGCACAGGUUUUACCUCCCCAGCAACAGCAGCAACAACAACAGCAAGUACCAACGUCUGUAGUGUGCAUGCCGCCUCACAUGGGACCACCUCCACAUGGCAUGGUUGAACAGCCAAAUCCAAUGAUUGGUGCUGGGCCAGGACCGGGUGGAAUAGGGAUGCCUGAUGGUGUGGAAGAUAGUCAGCAAAGUCCUGGAUCUUCAGGAGCCAGGAGGAACAAUAAGCGACGGGGUAACAAGAGAGAUGUCCCUAACGAUGAGAAAGAUGCUCGUUAUUAUGAACGAAGAGACCGAAAUAACAAGGCGGCGAAGAGGUCGAGAGACGCACGGAAAAUCAGGGAGGAACAGGUUGGCAUGCGGGCGCACUAUUUGGAGAAAGAGAAUGAUUUCUUGCGCGCACAAUUAAAUACUCUUCGUGAAGAAGCAAAUUCUUUGAGACUUCUCCUUGCGCAACGUCCUCCUGUAAAUCAAAUGCAACCGACAGGACAGCCUCCUAUGCAGUGAUUGUGCAUCUGUGAAAUCGGAAAUGUCUUGGAAAGUAUUGUAUUUUCUUCAAAAGGAUUGCGAGUAAUACCGAACCUUUGUUUCAUGGUAGGCAUUCGACUUCGACCGGAGUAAAUGUUUACACGACAUUGACUAAUAAUAUAAAGUAAGAUGUUUAUGAUGACUACUUCUUAUGCUUAGUUAGAGACUUGAAAACAAGGGAAAUAAGUAUAUGCAGUUUUCUGACUAAAGAAUAGUAGAUCCAUCAAAAAAAAAAGAAGUCCAAUUCGAUUAAGGGUGGCUUGUUAUAGGAACGCAUAUACAUGAAAUGAAGUUCGUAAAUAACUCCAGUAAAUUGAAAAGCAGUUGUAAAUUCAAGUUAUGUUAUGCAGCAGUAUAAAUUAUUUGAUUUUCUUUACUUUUUCUGGAGAAUAGGGAUAAGAAAAAAAGUGAUCUUCAAUAAUCACCAAAAACGUUCAUUUGUAUAUCACUAGCAUAUACUGUGAUUUUAUACCUCUGUUUCGAUGAGAUCGAAUACUAAGUGGUAUGAUUCUCAUUUCUUAAUUUGAUUUUCAUUUUAGAGAGACGUCUAAGAUUGCCAUUUUUUAAUGAAUAAAAUCAUUUCAUGCAUGUACUUGGAAUGUUGCUUUCUGAUUGAUGGAGAUGGGUCAUAGAUAUAUACAUAUUUUCCCUGUCAAAACGUGUUAACCCUAACUUACCUGGGUGCCUUUUAAA